AGGGUUUUAUUUUGAUAGUGUGACUCUUACCCGGAAAAGCUGACACAUGAGUCGUCGGUAGUCAAAGGUCUUGGAAACAACUUUGAGAGUAUUUCUCUGCAGAUUUCUUCCAUUGUGCAGCUUUACGUUCAGUUUGCAUGACCUGCAGGGUGAUGUUGAAGAGUGUUUUCAGGUGCCUUGGGACCAAUCCUGUAGCUGGAUAUAGAAGUAUGUCUCAAAGCAGUCUUGCUGGAAAGGUAGCCAUAGUAACAGCCUCUACAGAUGGAAUUGGUCUGGCUGCAGCGGAGGCUCUGGGGAAGAGAGGAGCACAUGUGGUGGUGAGCAGCCGGCGGCAGGCCAACGUGGACAAGGCGGUGGCACUGCUGCAGAGCCAGAACAUCCAAGUGACUGGGACCACCUGUAACGUUGGCAACGGGGAGGACAGAGAAAAACUGGUUCAAAUGACUCUGGAGAAGUGUGGGGGCAUCGAUAUUCUGGUGUCCAACGCUGCGGUCAACCCUUUCUUUGGAAACAUCAUGGACUCCACAGAGGACGUCUGGGACAAGAUUCUGUCCAUUAAUGUGAAAUCAGCCUUCCUCAUGACCAAGUUGGUGGUGCCUCAUAUAGAGAAGAGGGGAGGGGGAAAUAUAGUGUUUGUGUCAUCUGUGGCUGGAUACCAACCAAUGCAGGCCUUGGGUCCUUACAGCGUGAGUAAGACGGCCCUGCUGGGUCUGACCCGGGCGCUGGCCCCUGAGCUGGGUCACAGUAACAUCAGAGUCAACUGUGUGGCCCCCGGAGUCAUCAAGACCCGCUUCAGCUCUGCCUUGUGGCAAAAUGAAGACAUUGUGGAUGAGUUCAAAAAGCAGCUCAGCAUUAAGAGGAUCGGAGAGCCAAAGGAAAUCGGGGGAGUGAUUGCCUUCCUGUGCACAGAGGACGCUUCAUACAUCACAGGAGAGACCAUCACAGUGACCGGAGGGAUCGGCUGUCGACUAUGAACCUCAAACUAAAUUACACUAAAUUGUGUUCUUAUGAAGAUGAACUUUGAUUACUGAAGUGGAGUCAUGAGAUUUAAAGAUGUUUAGUUGUUUAAAAAAUAAUAAUAUAACCCAAUUUUAGCCAGGAUACUGAGAUGUCAACCUAAAGAUUUUGUCCUUUUAAGUUUUCUGAUUAAUAAUUGGGGUAUUGUGUGAAUGACUGUAAAGAUUUCUGAUCAUAAUAAACAUUUAUAUAA